UGCCAAUCAAGAUCGACCAAACCCCUCGUUUCUACACCAGAGCCGCUCUCUGUGCCUGACAGGAUACCCCACCGAUAAACAGAACAGAUAAACAAACCAGCAAGAAAGACAGCAAUGGGUGUCGGUCGAUUCUUCUGCGUGGCUCUGCCACUCAUCCUCACCAUUGCCUCGCUCGGCACACUGCUCUACGCAGUCCUCGCCGGCGUGGCCCACGAGAAUGUCAGACUCCUGCAGGUCGACCUCAGCGAGUUGAGCAUCAGCCCGCUGAGCGUAAGCGACCUCGCCAAGCGCGCCGACUUCAGCAUGAAGGAAACCAAGGUUGGCAACAUCACCGCAGAGGAUCUUGGCCUUCACAAGUACUACGACGUGACGCUCUGGGGAUCUUGCUCCUCCGACGACAACAAGAAGUUCACCUGCACCAAGUCUCAGUUCGAUUGGGCCUCCAAGCAGAUCAACACCACCGAUAUCAAGGACGGCGGCGCCACCAUCAAGCUGCCCAAGGAUAUCAAGGACGCCGUCUCGGCCUUCCAGAAGCUCAUCAAGUGGUCUGAGAUUGCCUUCAUCGUCGCUCUCAUCGCUCUCGGCUUUGAGCUGCUCAUUGGCAUCUUCUCAAACUUCUCCCGUGCCGUUUCGUGCCUGACGUGGUGUGAAUCUGCCUUCACCACCACCAUCAUCAUCCUUGCCGACUCUCUCGCCACUGCCACCGUUGCCGUUAUUGCUGGUGUUGUUGAUGGCUCCAAGACCCUCUACGGCGCCAAGGUCCACAUCGACGGCCGCUUCCUGGCCAUUAUCUGGAUCAGUGCCGCCUUCAGCAUCGGUGCCAGUCUCUUCUGGAUCUUCACCAUCUGCUGCUGCGCCCCCGAGAAGCGCCAGAAGAAGAACCACCACUCCGACGGCGAGAAGCUGCUCCCUACCGGCGGAUUUGGAUCUCGCGGAUAUGCUCCUCUCGGCGAGCAGACCGGCUACACCUCUGGUGCUCCCCGCUUCAACUCCGGCUCUGGCCGAUCUGACCUUGCUUACGAGCCUUACUCUCACCGAGCCUAAAUGGAUUUCGAAUAGACAUCGACUCGAAGUGGUAAUUAAAACGAUAAAAAAAAGGACCACUGCGUCCUUUUGUGGUGGGGUGUGAUCUCUUUCUUCAAAAGCUCUUCAGACUAUCUGAAUAUGAGAACAAAGAACGCAAGGGAAUGGAUGCUUAGUGCUUGCUGCG